UUUGCAGCUGUUAUACUCACAGGAUACCCCGGCUUCCUUACUCCUGAUUGGUUUUGAUCUGGAAUGUCUGAAGUACUUUGCGGCGUGUGCAAUUCUGAGCCAAAGAAGUACAAGUGCCCAACUUGUGCACUUCCAUACUGCUCCUUAUCGUGUUUUAAAGUGCACAAAUCUACACACGCCGAAGCUGCGCCACCACCAGCCGCACCUGUCGAACCUGAGAUACCUCAACCACCGCCGCCAGCGCCCAUCCCAUGCUACCUCAAAAAGAAGACCGACUUCUCCAUCCUCGCUACGAACCCUAAAUUUCAAGAACUCCUCAAGGCAUAUCCUGUCCUACUACCUACACUACAGCGCGUCUAUGCUGCCACGAUCGAGCCUGAUGAAGAUGACCAGCGACGGUGCUACAAAAGCGGAAGGGGAGGCUUCAGAGGUCGGGGAGGGAGAGGUUGGGGAGGGAGAGGGCGCGGGAGAGGAGGACGACGAGACGACGCGCCGCACAAAUGGACCCAGAAGCAAGGCGACGCUGAUGGUAUGAAGAUGCUGAAGGAGUACAGGGGAAGGGAGGACAACGAUAAAGAGAAGGAGGCUAUGGCGACCUUCGUGCAGCUUGUGGAGGAUACAUUCGCUGAUCCGGAAACUUGAAGAGAGGGAAAGUUUCCUGCCAUCCGUCGUAAAUGAGUGCAUCACCUACUUGAGGUCGUCGACCCCCCUUUACAAAUGGACAUCACGAGCAACAUUCACCAUCCCCCGGGU